CGUCAUUUGAUUCUGCGUCAUUUAACACGUAGAGCAGCGUUCCGACUUGGGUUACGAUAACACUUGGAGAAAGAGAAAAGACAUGGAGGUAACUGUGCUGAAUUUAGCCUUGCUUAUUUGUUUUUUGCUACUUGGUCUCCAGGAUGUUUCUGAUGCAGCUCUUGUUGACACAGUCUGUACAUCGGGUGGUGGUGAAUGUGUAGCUGUACAUGCAGAUGCUGUAUGUGAUCCUGUAAAUUUAAAAUGUGAAUGUAAAACGGAUUAUAUUGUUGACCCUGGUAAUGCAGAUGCCUGUGUUCAAGACCUUGAUCCAUCAUUGGAUUUACCAGGACUUGAAGUUAUCACAACCAUUGCCUGCACCACUGACGGCGAUUGCACUACUACUGAUGCAAACAGUAUCUGCGAUACAACUGCUGGGAAAUGUGCAUGUAAAUCUUCUUAUAUAGAACAGAAUGCAGGUUGUGUAACAAUCAUCGAUGAAUUCACCUGUGACAGCAGCGACGCAACUUCAUGCUCAAGUCUUGAUGCUAAGAGUGAAUGUGAUGCUACAACAAACAAAUGUCAAUGUUCCUCUGGCAACACUGCUGAAAAUGGUGUCUGUGUAGCAAUCAUCAAUGGAUUCACCUGUGACAGCAGCGACCCAACCUCAUGCUCAAAUCUUGAUGCUAAGAGUGAAUGUGAUACUAUGUCAGUCAAAUGUAAAUGUUCCACUGACAACACUGCUGUAGAUGGUGUAUGUCAAACAAUUAUCACAUCCGUUGCCUGCACCACUGAUGGCGAUUGCAGUUCUGAUGCAAACAGUUUCUGCGAUACAACUGCUGGGAAAUGUGCAUGUAACUCUGCUUAUACAGUACAGGGUGCAAGUUGUGUAGCAAUCAUCAAUGAAUUCACCUGUGACAGCAGCGACGCAACCUCAUGCUCAAGUCUUGAUGCCAAGAGUGAAUGUUAUGCUACGACAACCAAAUGUAAAUGUUCCUCUGGCAACACUGCUGAAAAUGGUGUCUGUGUAGUAAUCAUCAGUGGAUUCACCUGUGACAGCAGCGACGCAACCUCAUGCUCAAGUCUUGAUGCUAAGAGUGAAUGUGAUGCUACGACAACCAAAUGUAAAUGUUCCGCUGGCAACACUGCUGAAAAUGAUGUCUGUGUAGCAAUCAUCAAUGGAUUCACCUGUGACAGCAGCGACCCAACCUCAUGCUCAAAUCUUGAUGCUAAGAGUGAAUGUGAUGCUACAACAACCAAAUGUAAAUGUUCCUCUGGCAACGGUGCUGUAAAUGGUGUCUGUCAAACAAUAAUCAAUGGAUUCACCUGUGACAGCAGCGAUGCAACCUCAUGCUCAAGUCUUGAUGCUAAGAGUGAAUGUGAUGCUACAACAACCAAAUGUAAAUGUUCCGCUGGCAACACUGCUGAAAAUGGUGUCUGUGUAGCAAUCCUCGGUGGUUACACUUGUGACAGCCAUCACAAAUCAUGCACAGCUCUUGAUGCUAAAAGUGAAUGUGAUACAACAACAAGCAAUUGUAAAUGUUCCUCAGGCUACACUGCAGUUAAUGGUGUUUGUGGUACAGAAAAGUCCUCUGCUGAAAGUGUCAGGAUUAGCUGGAUAUUUGUUACCGCUGUGAUGUUUGUGGUGUGCUGUAUGGUCUGAUUUCAACAAGACUUACAAGACUUGAGAGAACUUUUUUUUUUUUAUAUCAGAAAGAUGACUGUUCUGUUACUAGUUCAUAAUGUUUAAUUUUUAAACUGUGCUGUGACACUGUGUUUCAGAAAUUUCUUUCUAUUGUGCAAAUAAAUACCUGUUAAUUACAGAACGCCAGUUCUAUAUGCUUUUUGUUCUUUUAUGAUAUUUUAUAAGAAAAGGUAAUUUUUAUACAAGAGAAAUAUGUUUUGUUGAAAAUUUCUGCGACUGCCAAUUUAGAAAGUUAAAUUUUGAUUAGAUCGCAAAUAUAGAAAAUAUAUAAAGAUUUUUCUGGAAGUUACAAAGUUAAGUCCAUUCUAAAGAAAAAACAACCAAUCUAGAAUUUUAUAAAAAAAAAAAAAAUAUAUAAAAAAUUGAAUGAGCCAGAAUAAAUCUGCAUCCAUUAUUUUGACUCUGCCUCUGGUAAAGAUUUGUGUGUGUGUGUGGAUGAUAGUUUCUGUUAAAUAACUUUAGUGGACCAGGUCAGUUGGUCCUAGGUCAAGUUUACAAAUGGAACUUGAAUGCCAAAUUAGAGGUCAAAGGUCAUACAUUCGGGUGUAUAUUGCGGUGCUCUUUGGGGCUUCCUGGAAUAAGGAAUUUCUGAAGUACAAAAAAAAUCAAUACUUUUUACAGGCUAAAUAUAAAAAAAACAACUUUUGCUUGUAUGGAAAAAUAUUUGGUACAUUAAGAUAGUGAUUAGGUUUACUUGAGAUGAUGUACAUAAUCUUUUUUCAAAGUCAGUUUAGUUCUUUAAGGUAACUCUAGUUAUUUGAAAUGGGCGUUGUUUUAUCAAAGACAUUAAAAGUUCUGCAUUGAGGCAUGAUGCAUAUUGAUAUUGCAGUUUUGACAUUUUAACAUUUUUGUACAGACAUAUAAAAAUGAACACCUCUCUGGGAGCUCAGGCCCCGUGUUCACAAAACAUUUUCAGUCUCAGCUGAGCUUGAUAAUGAAACUGUUUUUGUCAUUUACAUCCAAAUAGCAUGACUAAAACUAAAUUUUAAGUUAAUAACGAUUUUCAAACGAUUUUUCAGUAAUAAUGGUCAGUCUCAUCUAGAAUUUAACCUUGAAGUUUUAGUAAAAUUGAUAUUAAAAUUUCAAACUCAAACUCAGCUGAGACCGAAAAAUGUUUUGUGAACACGGGGCCAGGUCACACAGUGUAAGUACAUAUGUUGGCAGUAUCAGUUUGUCUUAACUUGUCCAGAUGACUUGAUUAAUCAAUGACGGGUACAAGAUUUGAUAUAUCUCAUGCUGCUAACAUUACUGGCACAAGUAGAAAUUUGCCAUAUGGAUCUUACAUGUUUAACUUUAAGGGUCCAACUGAAAUCUGCAUUAUGUCUGAACUUUAUACAGGUAAUAACAGUUUUAUGUCUAGGAAGUUGUGUUGUCUUUAGCAUAAAUAAAAUAUUGUCUAGAUUAAAGUAAGAUUGUCAGAAAUAUUGUGUAAAAUUUUUAAGAUAAAGUAGACAAAAAACUCUGACAAAAAAAAUUGUGGGUGACAUGUUUGAGAAAAUAUGUUGAAGAUUGCAUUAAUUUUGUUGUGUAAGCUGCAGAUAAAAAAUUAUGGUUACUAACUAUUGGCCUAGUAUUCAUUUCAACAUUGUGUUAGAAUUGUCUUUUCUGCCUUGAUUCGUCAUGCAUGUAGGCAGGGCUUUGGAAAUUUUGAAAACCCAAUCGGUCCGAAAUGAAAUUGCGACAUCGGCGUUACCCCACCCAUCCUAUUAUACAUAUAUACUAUAUUUGUAAAACGUGAUGAGUAAAGAAAUUAGUAUGUCAUUCAUUAAAAAUCAAUUACCUGUCACCGCGAAUUACCAUACAAUGAAAACAGUCAUUUAGUGUUAUAUUAGAUUGUUAGAGAAAUAAUUGCUGGGGCAUUGUUUUCUUUGCACCGUGUUACCUAACUAGUCUAAAAGCCAAUGCACGUGGCCUCGGUUCCGUAUACAUGGCAGGUACAUCACGUUUCUGCAUUAUUUAAUGGAUUUUAAUAAGAGAUCACAGUGUGAUCUUGGCGCCCACCAUUGAGCCAUUUUUGAAUGUUCUAAAUUUCAAGAAGCAGGUAACUAUGUCAGAAUCCAGGUCAUCACAGUCCUUGGAUCCAGUGACCUCUAAUACCAGUUGGAAGUUUUGGUUCCAUUAAAGGUACUUACAUACCAAAUAUCAAAGAGAUUGGUCAAUAUAUGAAUGUACUACUAGCAAAAGUUGAAAAAUCUAUUUCAAUGUUGACCUUGACUUUGACCCACACCAUUUGACCCCUAACCACACCCAUGGGUAGGGUUCAAUGUUUGUACACAAUUAGAAUUCCAUGCCAAACUUGGUGGAAAUGAACAUGCUGAAAAAAUUCACCCAAACUGGGGUGAUUUAAGCAUUAAAACAUGAACAAGAUGAGUAUGAGCAGAAACUGGGUAUUUUUCAAGCAUCUGGAAACAUUUUUGUUUUAGCAAUCGUCAAGCAGGGCAAUGUUAAAAAGUAUUCUGUCUGUAUUAUUUGUGAAUUUAAGAAAUUUCAAUGUUAAAUGAAAGUUUUAUUAGGAUAUUAAACAAAAAUGAACGGUAGAAAUUUAGAUAAUUAUAUUUCUCAGGUUUUCAUUUACUGAUACGGUGCAUAUAAGUCAAAAUACGAUAAUUUUACUUCCCGAACGGGAAGCAAGUUACUAAAUAUCAAGUUUCCCAUUCAGGCAGGAGGGAAAACCCAGUGGUUGACUUUACGAACGGAAAGUUUCCCAUAUACUGAUAUACGAUAGCAGUCUCGAACUCCAACACAGUGUUACUUCCCCUUAUCGGUACAAUAGAUUGACAACAUUCCUGAUCUUUUCAUUCACUCACUACUGAAAAUUUCAACAUUUUGUUUUAAGUCGGCUAAUGGUCUAAGUUAAAGAAGUCAAAAGCUUUUUAGUCCAGUCAAACGCAUUCAGGUCCAGUCAAACGUGUUUAAAACAUUGUAAUCGGCUGGCUGCAAAGAUUAAAGGAUGUACCGCGCGAGCACUGUAGCGUCACUACUAAUUUAAUACGGACCGAUUACCAAGGUGACAGCCAGAACUUUUGACAGGUUUAUUGAUUUUUUGAAGGUACGCUCAACAAUUUCCUGCUUGGCAGUUGGUCAUUUACUGAGAUUUCAGACCGAAUUUUAUGCUUUUUCUCCAUUUUUACCGGACCGAUUUUUUUUCGUUUUUUCACUUCAGGAAUCUGUCUGAAAAGUUAAAAAUCGGUCCUAAACCGGCAAAUUUCCGAAGCCCUGCAUGUAGGUAUCACUGUCACUGAAAGCCAGCUUAACAUACUUGAUUAUCAGAAACAUACUAUGCCAAGUAAAAGGUUUUAACAGAAUUGUAUGUACCUGAGAGAUUAACAAAUUUCUUGUACAUUUUUUAUUAUAAUCUUAAUAUUAAAAUAAAUGAAACCAA